AUGCCACAGGCUGCAGACAUGAUCAAUGUGGCCUUCCUGACCGACUCGGAGCGGGAGCUGAUCCUGGAGGUGCUGCGGAGGGACGAGGAGCUGAGGCAGGCUGAGGAGCACCGUGUCCGGUGAGAACUCCCCUUCCCGGCUGCAUCUCAAUAUUCCUAAAGUGGCUUCCUCCUGCCCUUGUCUCAUUUCCUUAAUCGGAUCUGAAAAGACAGGACAGAUGAAAACAAUACAGUGGAUGGCUGGUGGGAAUUUAGCAUUCACCUCAUCAGCUCAGUAUUUCACAAGUGCAGAUGGAGGAAGUCACUAGACUUUCGACAUCCAGUUAGGCAAAGAUGUCAACACAGACACCAACAGGCAAGGGUCUAACCAAUGUCUCCCCCUCCCCCAUUGUUUCAGGAAGCUGAAGACGGAGCUGCUGGACAUAAAGAGGAAAGGGGCCAAGCGUAGCAGUGGGAGGUACAGUGAGCACAGCUGCGGCCGCUGCCAGGAACCACUGGGUCCACUGUCUGCCGGCUCCAGCCAGUGUAGGGCAUGUAAAUACCAAGUGUGCCACAACUGCUGCUCAGUGCGCCCCAAUGGAUCCUGGGUGUGCAGUGUGUGUGCUAAAGAGGCGUAAGAAUCAAUUUUUCUGUACUGUACAUCACCCCACCCUGUCGUAUAGCAUCUCCAUAGCGAUGAUCCCUGUGUUUGCUGUAUCUAUAUGCAAAGUGUGGUGUUAUUAUUAGUUUCUAAGUCUCUCACUGUACAACGCCCACGAGGAGACGAUAAUAUUUUCAGCAGGUAUACAUUGUGUGUGAGCCGCGAUGCACGCUAUGCAUAUCUGUUGCAUUCUAAAGUCAUGUAAAAAAAUAAAAAUAGGGCAGCGUUUUUGCACUGUCAGCAUGUCACCCUUAGAGUUGUGGUCCAUACAUUUGAUUAUGUUUUAACGUGGUGGUAAUGUGUGGUAUUAUUUUCUCCAGUGAUCUGAAGAAGUGCACUGGAGACUGGUUCUGUGACCAGCGAGUCAACCGCUUCUCCACUAUCACUGGACACGACAUAGUGAGAAAUUCCCUCAAAAAGAGGCCCCCAUGUGAGUCCAGGAAACACCAAGUUGUGGGCAACGCUCUGUUCAAUUGGAAACUAUAAUCAACUCUCACUGCUGGUGCAGAAUGGAAUGUCAUUGUCAGUGUUGUGUCAGCAUAGGAAUUUGUCCUAUUUUCUCUACUCAAUUUCAAUAUUGAAUGUAAGAAGCUCCAUUACUGCAUAACUUUUGUUCAUGUACUUUUUAAAUUGCACUUCCCAGUAAUAUAUUCCCUAUCUGAAUGAAUGAAGCCACUGUCAGCAUAUUACCAGUUGCCUGUCAUGCUAAAGCUCGGUAUUCUGUUUUAGUGAGGGAGAACAUGGGAGAGCUCCUGUUGAAGAGUACAGAGUUGAACCCCAGCCAGCCCCCCACCCCUGUUCCCCGACCCAGACUGAGGGACCUAGCAGCCUCCAACAAGGAGUGAGUCCUAUUUCCAUCUGGGGGGACAACACAGGCUUUACAAUCAAUAGUGUGAUGCAGUUACUGUAAUAUGUGGAUGGAGUUUCAAGUCAACAUAUAACAUUUUGACACUGUUAUUUCGACAAUCUCAGUCUGCUAGACGAAGCCUCAGAAGAAUCAGUGGGAGUUAAGACCAAGGAGCAGCAGGAGCAACAGCAGCGCAGGGACACUGAGUCUGCAGAGAAAGCCAGCCUGAACAGUGUCAUGACAGAGACUGAGUCCUCUCUUGGGACUCCUCUCUUACCAAGGUAAGUCUACAUCCAAACAAAUAGGCCUAUAGCAUUAGCGCUACAUGCUAACAAAACUGCUAUUGGGAUGUUUGCUCAUUAUGAAUGGUGUUUAUGAUCCAGGAAGGAGGAGAGCACAGGUCAGUCCAGUCCAACAGGGUCCAUUAUGAAUGUUCUAGUCAAAGCAGACCACAUCAGUAGCCACAGCUCCACCUCAGACGCAGACACGGUGAGGAGACCGUUUACCCAUCAAUCAGGUGUUGGGGUCAAUUCCAUUUCAAUGCAGUCAGUCAGUCAAGUCGGCAAGUGAAAAGGACACAUGAAAAAUAAUGGAAUUGACCCUAACCCUGUAUUAGUCCUCAUGUCUCCAGCCAAUACAUAUUAUACUGUCACACCUGACUGUAACCCUUGUCUCUUUCCAUAGUCUUCCGUAGUGAAUUGUCGUAGUGUUAGUCCCUGCACAGGGUCUGUCGCAUUGGAAGAUGGCGGCGUGUUCAAGAAGAGCAUCAGACGAGUUCAGAAACCCUCCGGUGAGACUCUUGUGUGUCUGUCCUCUCAGUAGCCCUGACUCCCAAACUCUAUUCAAAUAUUGUUGUUUUUAAGGGCUUCCGGCCUGCUUGAGUUAACGAAGACAUGCUCCAUUUAAUGUGUCUCCAUGGGUUUCACUCAGAAUUCACGUCUGUGCUGGACCUGCGUGAGGAGGGGGCUGAAGCAUCAGAGGGCUUUAUGGGUGACAGGAGCAAGUCUGUGCCUGGGCUCAAUGUGCUGGUGAGCAGUAACCCUUCCUCAUUACAGACUCUAAAGCAUAAUGCUUCACUAUACUAUAAAAUACUUUCUUAUAGUGCUAGUAUUGAAGAGAAAUGCAGUUGCGUUGUAUUUUUCAUGAUUUGAAAUUGUUUGCUGCGCUUGCAGGAUGACGAGGAGGAUGAUGAAGAUAUUGAUAACUUGGUGAGCAUCCAUAGAAAGGUGGCCUCAAGUACCUCAAAUCUUCGCGGCUCCAAGGUAAAUGCAUGCGAUUCUCACUUAUCCUAUUUUCAAAGGUUCUAGUUAGUGUGUGAUGCUAUUUUUAGAGUUCCUCAAGAUAUUUCUCGAACCAGAACUUUGAGACAAUUCAGUAUAUCCUGGUUCGUGUUGUGAACUGCUGCCUAAUUAAGUUACCAUGGCAACAAAAGCUCACGCUCAGAUUUGCUUCAGGGCAUGCAAAUCUGAGUCUGACCUUCAUUGUCACCUUCCUCAUUUGUAUGCUUUCCAGGAAGUUCAUGUUACUUGAUUGGAUACUCUACAUUUACCUUUCUCGUCAACAUUUUUGCUCAUUUUGAAUUCCAGGUAGUCAAUAUCAAUGCAUUCAAACCAACUACUAACAUAAUUAUGUCUGUCUGUCUGUGUCCACCACAGAGCACACUGGGCAGUCUGAUGAGUAUUUACAGUGAGGCAGGAGAUUAUGACAGCGUGGAGGUGAGCGGGGACAUAGUGUUCUCUAUCAGCUACGAUGACACCACCCAGAGCCUGGCCGUCCUCAUCAAGGAGUGUCACUCGCUGGCCCAUGGGGACGCCAGACGCCAGCACUCAAACCCGUGAGUGUCCCCUCAGGACUAGGGUCUAGUAGUUAUCUCAGUAGGAAAUGAUGGGUGCAUCUCAAUAAUGUUUCCUCUCCUUCAUAUCCCCACAUCUGAAGACACAGGGUGGAUGAAAGUCAUGGUGGAUGCCGAUCUGGAAUUUUCUUUCAACAAAGCUGUUUUACACUAUUCAGAUGCAUUCUAUCAUGUCAUUGCCAACAGUGAUAGUAUCCCCCACUCCUUCAAGUGAGACCAACACUCUAUUCUACUGUAGGUUUCAAUUAGUCUCGUCAUGUUUUCAUGAUGACAGUAGAUGAGAAGCGCUGUAGAGAAUGAUUCCCAAUAAUCCUGUUGUUUACUCUAGACACACACUUCAGUGCUAUUACUGUAUGACAUAACGUAGAUCAGGGUUCCCUAACUGGCGGCCCGCAGACCAAAUUUGGCCCGCGGGUGGUUUUAUUUGGACCCCCAAGUUUUCUGAGCAACUUUUAUUUACUUAUUUUGUUAGACAUAAUACACAAAAAAAAAACACCAGGAAAUCAGCUCCAAGUGAUUUUAAUUUAAGAAAUCUGUUCCCAAUUAUUCCCAUGCAUAAUAGAGAUAUAUGUGAUCAUAUAAAAAUGUAAGCAAGGUUUGAAAUUAUUAUGUUUUAGUCAAACAUUAUCUGUUUGGGCUUCUUGCGGUCAAUUUGCCAUCUACAAAUUAUUUGUAAUUAUGUACCGGCCCCCCGACCAUCCGCUUAAGAGAAAAUCGUCCCGCAGAUGAAUCUAGUUGAUGAUCCCUGAUGUAGAUCAGCUUAGAUAAGACCCUGUCCUGUUUACAAAAUGUUUGAUGUGCCCAGAGGUCAUUAUCAGAGUUCCAAAGGAAGAAUUGUGAAGGUUACAUUUAACGGAAGAAAAAUACGAAUUUGUAGUUUGGAAAUGUAGGCACUAAUUGUUUUGUAGUCAACAUAUACUGAACAAAAAUAUAAACGCAACAAUUUCAAAGAGUUUACUGAGUUAAAGUUCAUAUGAGGAAAUCAGUCAGUUGAAAUAAAUUCAUUAGGCCCUAAUCUAUGGAUCUCACAUGACUGGGAAUACAGAUAUGCAUCUGUUGGUCACAGAUACCUUAAAAGAAAUGGGGCCUCAGGUACUCAUCACGGUAUUUCUGUGCAUUAGAAUUACCAUCAAUAAAAUGCAAUUGUGUUUGUUGUCCGUAGCUUAUGCCUGCCCAUACCAUAACCCCACCGCCACCAUGGGGCACUCUGUUCACAACGUUGACAUCAGCAAACCUCUCGCCCACACGCCAUACACGUGGUCUGCGGUUGAGAGGCCGGUUGGACGUACUGCCAAAUUCUCUAAAACUACGUUGGAUGCGGCUUAUGGUAGAGAAAUGAACAUUAAAUUCUCUGGCAACAGCUCUGGUGGACAUUCCUGCAGUCAGCAUGCCAAUUGCACGCUCCCUUCAAACUUGAGACGUCUGUGGCGUUGUGUGACAAAACUGCACGUUUGAGUGGCCUUUUAUUGUCCCCAGCACAAGGUGCACCUGUGUAAUGAUCACUGUUUAAUCAGCUUCUUGAUAUGCCACACCUGUCAGGUGAAUGGAUUAUAUUGGCAAAGGAGAAAUGUUCACUAACAGGGAUGUAAACAAAUUUGUGAGAAAUAUGUUUUUUGGGCAUAUGGACAAUUUAUGGGAUCUUUUAUUUCAGCUCAUGAAACAUGGGACAAACACUUGACAUGUUGCGUUUAUAUUUCUGUUCAGUAUAGUUUCUUGGUAUUGCAGGACCAGAUGGAAUGACUUAAUUUGAACUCUUUAACAUGUAGAAAAAUAUUCCUAAUGUUUUUUUGUCCUGCAGGUAUGUCAAAUGCUACCUUCUCCCUGACAAGUCUCGCACGGGAAAGAAGAAAACCAGCAUCAAACGUAACACAGUGGACCCCACUUACAAUGAGACCCUAAAGGUGAUGGCCUCUGGAACUGCAGAAGAAUUACUGAACAAACUGUGGACACAUCUCUUAUUACUCAAUGGCUGGUCGUUAAGUUGAUAAUGCCUCCACCUUCAGUAGGCAGUAAGAUUGAUACCCUGAUGAAGACAGCUUGUCUGUCGAAACGUUGGUUAUUAGGUUAUUAAAUUAUUGCAUCUGAGAGUGUGCAGCUCUCCUUCUUUUUCAAGUAAGAUUGAUAUUGGCAUUCAAGAUAAGGAGAGUUAAUCGCCGUUAGUGACUGACAAACAAAUAUUUAUUUUGUUGCUGCCCUUUUUUAACUCAGAGUAUAGUGAACAGGUAACUCCGAUGCAAAGGCCAGGGUGGAUGGAAAAAUGUACUAAGAUGUAGUUGACGGAUCAGUGAGAGCAGGGUGUCACUCCCUCACACUUCCUCUCUUCUCCUCCUCCAGUUUUCCAUCAGUCGCUCCCAGGUGCUCAUUCGUUCCCUCCAGCUCUCCGUCUGGCACCAUGCCCGCUUGGGCCGUAAUGCCUUCCUUGGAGAGGUGGAGGUGCCUCUGGACUGCAGGGACCUCGACGCCGGCCACGAGGAGUGUGUGGCGCUCAUGGGAAAAGUAAGCCUGAAUAGUCUCCAUCACUAGGGCUCAGUUGUUCCUGGUCAGGUCACAUGGUCAGAAAACAUUGCAGGCCCUACACAUCAAUCACUAAAUGUAUUUCUAAUCUACAGUAUACAGUACAACCCUGUGGUCUAGUGGUUUUACUGACUAUUGUCCUCUAUAGGCGUCACCACUACAGUCCUCUGCCUUCUCUCAGUACAAAGGAGAACUGUUGAUUUCCCUGAAGUACGUCUCGACCAAGAAACCACCCACUGAAAAGACUAAAGGUAGGAGUGUCCGUGUCGACAGAACAGCUCAGCCAGCACUAUCUGUGUCAAACCAAUCCCUACCAGUGGCUGUCUGACACCACUAUCUCCCCUAGGCAAGACUCUCUCUCUAGGCAAGAAGUCAAAGACGGAGCAGGGAGGGGAGUUGCACGUCUUGAUCAAAGAGGCCAAGAACCUGACGGCAAUGAAAGCAGGGGACACGUCGGAUUCCUUUGUGAAAGGGUUAGCUGACGGCAUGAUGUCACUAUUUCUUCACGUUCACUCUAACAGAGAUGAAUUUCUUUUGUUUCAUCAUCCUCACUCGAGAGAUGGUGCAACUCCAGCUCAUUUGAAGAAAAACAUACUUUAUUGAUUACAAGGAUAUAGCAUUUGUUUCAGCCACCUAGCCUUCAUCAAAAUGUAAUCCUUCUCACUCAUGCUUUUAAUCCUAGGUACUUGUUGACAUCGAAGGCCAAGUCCACUAAGAGGAAGACUCCGGUGGUGAAGAAAACUCUGAACCCUCACUACGACCACACAUUUGUGUUCAAAGACCUGACCCUAGACCAGCUAAGUGAGAUGUGGCUAGAGCUGACCGUGUGGGACAGGGAGGCCAUGUCCAGUAAUGACUUCCUGGGUGGGGUUCGACUCAGCACAGGCGCAGGUAAUGACACAACACCUUGUUAUCUUCUUGGGUGGGGUUCGACUCAGCACAGCCACAGUUAAUGACACACAACACCUUGUUGAUUUAUGGUGGGGAAGUAUUAGCCUAUAUCCAUCAGCAGUAUUGCUCUACCGUUUUAUGUGUUUGAUUCAAUAUUUACUAUUCAGUUGUAGGUCACCUAUUUUGCCAAUGUUAAAGUUGGUAGUAAAGUGAAGCUACCUCAGAGUUCAAAUGGCCAAGAUGCAGUAGGCCUAUUGUUAAAAUUGCUUCAAAAGUAGGACUAAUCUCACUCCCAGACACUUCCGUCCAAAUGUGUGAAAGGUCUGGUGGACUAACGUGUCAAACAUUCGCUUUCGUUUGCCAAUACAGAAAGACCGGGAGAAACCCCCAGGGCAAAUAGCAUUGGCUUCAUCGGCUUGAUCUACCAAACAAUCCCACAACCCCUUCUCCCUAACCCUCGCAGUCGUGUGAUUUGCUAAAAUUAAAUGACAAAUACUUUACUCAGUAGGUUACUCCCAUAGAAUUCUAUGGUCAUUCCAACGUAGGCCAACUUUGAAUCAUUGAUAUCCCAGGCUUAUAUGUGCUGUGUUCAAUAGCCUGGGGACGAGGUUGGGACAGGACAGACCUACUUUAGUUCAGUGUUUCUGGUGUCCUACUUUUCAGCCACACUGAAGGUUGGGAAGGAGGAAGUGGAGGCGGAUUCAACAGGGGAGGAGGUGACUCUGUGGCAGAAGAUGAUGCAAUACCCUGACUCGUGCGCAGAGGGCACUCUUCCAUUACGCUCCUCUAUGGGCAAGAACAAGAGCAAGAGCAAGUGA